AAUUCCCACAAACUCCCGAUGACGGCGGUGACGGACCAGCGGUUUGGGCGGGAGAAAUUGCCCGAGACUUCUCCUCCAUAGAUUCUUAUACUGAGUACUCCGAAUAGAGAUACCAUAGAUAACACACAGCUGCAUUUCAGGCUUCUGCUCCACGAGCGGAGCUCCGAGCUAGACCAAUUCGACUGACUGAUUGUUGAGCCUUAGGGUUUCUGCGCAUCGCGAGCAGGAGAAUGAUUCUCAGAACACCGCCGGUGCGGAAGAGGAAGGCAGAGUCGGAGGCGAAGCCGGCCGAGGCCGGUAGCCCCGUUUCGGAUCGUCAGCAGCUGGUGAUCUACGAGGACGAGCCUUCCGCGCUGGAAUCUUCUCAGGAUCAUCAUUUCUCCUCCGAUCAGAUGCUCUGCACUUAUCAAUGUCGUCAAAUGGUAAAGUCAGAGUUUUUUGAUGCCUUGAGCACUGCAGAGAAGCAAGCGCAGGAUUUUAAUUCCAAAUUCAAAGCUUUAAAUGAUGAAUUGCAGAAAGCGGAUGCUGAAAGGAAGAAAUAUCGUGAUCAAUUCCUCUAUGCUGAACAAGAGCUAGCUGCUGCUAAAGGACGCGAAGAAUCUCUGCAAGAGCAGCUCUUGAAGGAGAUUGAUUGUUCUCAGGAACGGCUUACAAAGCAACUGCAGCUAUACAGUGAACUUGAGGUGAAGUUCCAACACGAAAAUAAUCUUCGUGCAAAAGCAGAGUCUGCAGCUGCUUCUGCAGAAGAAAAAGCAAGUCUCUAUGAGAAGAAACAAAGCAAUCUCUCUGAAAGCAUGGAAAGAGAGAAAAGGCGUCUGCAUAAUGAACUUGAACAGCUAAAAACGGAAUCCUCAUUUUCUGUCUCUAGCAUUAAAAAAAAUCUUGAAAGAAUGGAGUGCAGAGCUGUCAAUGCUGAGAAGGAAUCAGCAUUACUAAAGGAACAACUGCAAGAUGUUCGAGUGCGACUGAAUGAGUGCAUGGAACAAAGAACGGAACUGGAAAAGUUGUCUAGUUUCACAUUUCGUGAAAGUUCUUCAACAGAUGACAGCAUCUUGGUCAAGCAUUUGCAAGAAGAACUAAGGCACUAUGAGGCUGAAGUGCGUGAAGCAAGGAAGCUAAAAUCUUCUCAUGAGAACAUUGAGCUGCUGAAGGAAAAAUUACUUGAAGAAAAAGGUCGGAGGGAUAGGGCAGAGUCUGAGUUAGUUAAAUUAGCAGAUCUUGAGGUGACUAUUAAGAAGCUGGAGGAUGAACUGUCUACUUGGAAAUCAGUAGUACUAGAUAUCCCUGGAAUAUCAUGUGCUGAUGAUAUACCUCGUAAAUUUGCCUCAUUACAAAAGGAGGUUCUUGAUAACAUGAUAAAAAUGGGUGAAGCUCAGGCAAGUUUGAAACAAAUGGAGGUGGCUUUGGACACUGCAAAGCUUGAAAACAACAAAUCAGAAACUGAUAUCAACGUGGCAAAGGAAAAUGCUGAAUUAUUGAUGUCAGAGCUGAAGAGGACUGAAUUGAUGCUUGCAUCUGUUUUAGAAGAAAGAGAUCGGUUAAAGCAUAUUGUAGAUGAGCUAAGGACACAAAAGAGCGUGGGCACUGGCAUUGAGGCCUCCCAUGCAACUCUCAUUCAGGAGCUUGAAUCAUCUCUUGCUAAGAAAGACAGCUGUAUAAAGGAACUCGAGAGCAGUUUAUCUGAACAAAGGGAGAUCAAUACUCGUAAGCUUAAUGAACUAAUGUUGCUGAAUGACAUGCUGAGCAAUGAAGCAAGGAGAAUAAAGUCAUUAGAAAGAGAGGGUGACCGGCUAAGAUCUGAGAUUGCUCUAUUAGAAUCCAAGCUAGGGCAUGGUGAUUAUUCAUCAGCAAAUACAAAAGUUCUUCGAAUGGUUAACACCCUUGGAGUAGAUAAUGAAGCAAAACAAACUAUAGAGGUUCUGCAGAGUGAGCUGCAGAAGACCAAGGAGAAGUUGCAGGCUCUUGAAGAGUUGAAGCAGUCUGAUUAUCCAGCUGAUGCUGGAACGCUAGUUGACUCUUAUAUUCCUGGAAAGAUUCUACAGCUCAAAGAGCAAAUCGCAACACUGGAGAAGCGUGAAGAGAGAUACAAGACAGUUUUUGCUGAUAGAAUUUCAGUCUUCAGAAGGGCCUGCUGUGAACUUUUUGGGUACAAGAUUGUGAUGGAUGAUCAUCAGCGUGCAGAUGGAAUUCCUGUGACACGCUUUACACUUCAAUCUAUCUAUGCUCUAUGUGAUGAUGAAAAACUUGAAUUUGAAUAUGAAUCUGGGAACACAAACAUUUUGGCUAAUCAGUACACCUCACAGACGGAUAUAUCUCGUCAGGUUGAAAUAUUUGUUCGUAAAAUGAACUCAAUUCCGGCUUUCACAGCAAACUUGACUAUAGAGUCCUUCAACAAACGAACUUUAUCUUGAAUUGAACUUCAUUGAUGUCCUGAUUUUGGUUUUUAACCAGACAAAAGAAAGCAGCACUAAGCAUGGAAGUGUGAUAAGCCAUAGGCGGCAUCGGGUUUUUGAAAGGUUCCAAUGUCAUCAGAUCCUAUGAGCCCAACAACUUUGUAUAGUACUUCGCAAUAACGAUAAUACAGUGAUGACAAAUGACAACUGUAAGUCUCGUCUUGUCUCGUCUACCUGAGAUUUGCUCAUGCAUACAGCUUUUGUUUUUGUUUGUUUUAUGAUUUUUGUGUUUUUUUGAUGUGAAGAUAACUAAGGUGUUCGCACAGUUUUUUUGUUCUGUUUUAUAUAGUGAAUGUGUUUCACCGGUUUUGCGCGCGGGCACCUUAGUUAUAUGGCCGGUCUAGCUUUGUAAAGUUCAAAAAUUAAAAGACAACAUUGUAAUGUGGUUUUGGUUUGGAGUAAUAACAGUUUAGAUUUUUA